AUGCUAGCAUGCAUCAACAUUUUACUGGACAAAAAGGAGCUCCUUCGUGGAGCAGAUGCAGAUGGAAGAAAUCCUUUACAUUUCGACAAAAAGGAGCUCAUUCGUAAAGCAGAUGCAGAUGGAAGAAAUCCUCUACAUUUCGCAGCAUCAUUUGGCCAUUGUGAAGAAGCUCGUUGCAUAAUGAUGAUCGAAGAAGCCUUUUUCGCACACCAAAUGGACAAUCAUGGGCUCUAUCCCAUACACAUAGCAGCCAACGAAGGCCAUGUUGACAUUAUUCAAGCUAUGCUAGAAUAUUUCCCAGAGGCAAUAGAGACGGUAAACAAACAAGAUGAGAAUAUUGUUCACUUGGCUGCUAAGAAUGGGAGAUCAAAAUUAGUAAGUUUCAUGCUUCAGCAGAAAUCAAAGUUUGGAAAGCUUAUUAAUGGGAAGGAUACUAAUGGAAAAACACCAUUACAUUUGGCCACUAUGAAUUCACGUCCGAAGGUUGUGAGCAUUCUCAUACUGGAUGGGAAUGUAGACAUGACUAUAAUGAACAAUGAAAGCCUGACAGCCCUAGACAUUGCUGAAAAAGAGCAAAUGAAUGAGAUCUCACUGCCAAAGAUUCAAAGAGAGGUUCAAUACUCUUGCAGUUGUAGCAACUUUGAUCAUGACGGUCCCCUUCGCCCCGGUUUCACAGUCCCUGGAGGUUACAAUGGUGAUGGCCCAUACAGAGGCAUGGCUAUCUUGUUAAGGAAGCCUGCAUUUAUUGUAUUCGUGAUCUGCAACACCAUGGCUUUGUUUCUGUCUAUCGUCGUCGUGGUGAACAACAUCUGGGCUCAGUGGGGUGACAACAGCUUGUUGAUUCUUGCAGUUAACGUAAGUGCACCAUUGUUGGGUAUAGCUCUCAUUUUGAUGGCUAUAGCAUUUGCAACAUGUUUGUGA